CUCCGCCCGCCCCUGCCCGGGGCGCCCAGACCGGCCUCUCCGGUCGCGGCGGCGCUGCAGCUCCCACCCCUCGCGGCUGCUCGGGGCGCGCGGCUCUCCCGCCCGGGCGCACUUCUGCUCGGCUCUGCGCGGCUUUGCGACACCGCGCCGUUAACGUAACUCCGCUCUUGUGGGUUCCCCCCCGCCGCUGCCGCCGCCCUUGCAGGACAGAACCAGCGGGGGAAGGAGCCGCGCGGGACGGCGAUGGCGCAGUUUCCAGGCAGACUCUGGCUUCUGGCCCUGGGCCUGGCGGUGACCCUGCGCCUCUCCCGGGCAGGGCUGCCCGUCAUCCGCCUCAAUGAUCAGGCGGGUCCUAUUCUGGAGGGCAGCAAUGUGACCCUGGAGUGCCUGAGUGACGAAGGAGGAGAGGAUUUAAGCGAAUUCACCUUCCAGAAAUUCAGCAAGUGGCUCCACAGCUGGAUCUCUCUGGACAAAGGCAGCAGGCUGCACUGCUGGUUCUACGACGUGACUGUGAGCCGCGACAACGGGCGCCUCCUGUUGGCCAUCAACGACGUGCAGUACUGGCACUCCGGUCCCUACCGCUGCGCCAGUUCCAAUGCCACCAGCAACGCCUCCGUCUCCGAUGUGCUCGACCUGAAGAUGGAGUAUCUCCGCGGCGUCCACAUCUCUCGUGCAAACUCCUGGUGUGGGACCAUGGAGAAAACCAUCAGAGUGCAGGAGGGCCAGGAUGUGAAACUCCUCUGUUCAGCAGAUUCCUCGCAGACACCGCUCUUCGAAUGGACCCGAGAGGGGGACGACUGGAUUCUGCCAUCCAACACAUUAAACCUCAGCAAGGUGAACCGGGAACAAGCCGGGACCUACACUUGCCGGGCUCAGCAUCCCACCUUGGCCCAGCUGGUGAAGAGCAAGUCAGUCCUCCUGCUUGUGGAUGGUCCUGAGCGCUCAUUUUCGCUCGAGUCCCUGAUGUCGCUCAGCACCCCGAUGCUGGCCCUGUCCGUGGCGCUGCCCGCCGUCCUGCUGCUGCUCCUGAUCAUGGUCCUCGCCGUCCUGGUGCCCCGUCGGCGAGCGGCCGCGGCCAAGAAGAAAGCCGCCCAGCAAGAGGCUGGCCAGCGUACGCCUAUCUACAAAGGCAGCCUCGAAUCUGUGCCUUCCGUCGUGGGGGAUACCCACCCUCUGGUGAUGUAAUUAAGAGACCACAGGUUGAAGGGAGUCUGGUUCCCCCGCACCCCCGGCCUUUGUCACUUUCAAGAUGCAGCAUCUUCUGACUAUGGGAUGGUCAUAAUGUACAGUGACUGUUUUUGUAUGUAUAUGUUUGAGCUAUUGUUUCAUUUUUUCAGGAGGGGGGAGGUGGCACAAUUGGGACCAAAAGUGUGGGGGGCAGCAGUGAUGUUGGAACCCCCCUCCCCUGUUGGGGGCGAGUUGCCACUUGCCUGCAAUUCUCUGCUUCUCUUUAGGAGGGCAGGAGGGUAACGUUUGCUUAGGGCUGGUCUUUGAUCUCAGUCUGUCCUGGCAAGACUUAGCCCUUUUCUUCUUGGAUCAAGGCUUCUUUUUCAGGUAUUUCUACUUAUUGUAAAUUAAUGAGAAUAAGUCACAGAGCCUGCACUCAACUGUAUGCUUUGCAGGAUGUUUUUUAAAAAAAUUACCGUUCCAGCCUUUGCACACUAUAACUUGUUCCCAAUUUUCCCCGCUUCUCUUUUGUCGCUGCCCAAUUUCCUUUCAUAUACCAAAGAAUAUUACUCAAAAGUUUCCACUGAGGCUUAACCUCCUUACUCUAAAUUCCUUGUGAAGCAAAUGAAGAGCAAACAAACCAGGUCUGGGGGAAUUAAUAUUGUAUGGACUACUGGCCAGAGGGACUACUGGCCUCGAAUUUUAGGGCAGAAUUUUGGAGUGUCACAACCCCUACACCCAGGUGUAAAUGAAAGCCAGUGUGCCAUUUGGUUAGAGUGUUGGACUAGGGCUCGGGAGAGCAAGGGUCUAGUCCCUACUUGGCCUUGAAGCUUGCUGGUGACUUCAGGCCAGGCAGUAGCUCUCAGCCUAGCCUACCUCACAGGAGCGUUGUGAGGAUAAAACGAAGAGGAAGAAGAUGGUAUAGAGUGCCUUAAGUAUAAUGAAAACAUAAUGAGUGGCCUUUGUGGAUAGUGGGAGAGGGCCUGGAGGGGAACCACCUGCUCUCGUGCUCCGUUUGGAAACGUAAAGCAUUCGUUUUCUCGUGUCCUAUUUUGUACCUUUAAGAGUCCAGCUUCCACUGUAGCCCUGUGCAAAAAUGCAAGCGCCCCUUUGCUCGAGUUCUUGCAGUAGCUUUAAGGCCAGGAAGCAGCAAUACAUCUGGAAUUUCGGUGGAGCUUUGCUAUUAUUUGCAUGCCAGCACGCAGUGGUGAUGGUGAGAGGCGGAGCAACUGUUUAUUAUGCCUGUCUCUGCAGUGUGCAGUUUAAAUGUCCCCCCAUCCGGCACUUCCUUUCAUCAAAAUAAAAAAUCACAAAAUCUUGCAA